UGGCAAGGAACACAGAAUAACAGAAGAAGAAUGACAAGUGAGGAAGAGCGCCUUGCGAGAUUGAGACGUACGUUGCAUUCCUUAGCAACUCGAGUCCCCAAAAUAAUUCUGGAACGAGUUGAACACACAUUUGCUGUUCUGAAGACAAAAGCUAAUGUUGGAUUAAAUGCAACUAGUACUGCAGAAACACAUUGCAUCGGGGAACUUCUUGGUGAACACCGUGCUGAACUCUCAGAGUUAAACAGUGAAGAGAACAUUAAUUCGUGCAGGAUUUGUAAGAAAUCAUUCUCUUGUUGUAAUAAUCGAUCGGGACACACAUAUGUAAGUAACGGAGAAAAAAUGUCUCUUUGUGAAAAGUGUGUGAAAUCGUUCAGUGAUAAGAGCAGUCCAUUGCAACGAUUUAGUUGUCAUGAAGGGGCUUUUUCAUGCAAUAUAUGCAAUAAGAGCUUCACUGAUCACUGUGAUCUAGAUGCUCAUAUCAGAGUACACACUGGAGAACGACGUUUUUCAUGCGAAUUCUGUAAGAAAAUGUUCAGUCAUCGCAGAAACCUACUCAGUCAUCUGAGAAUACACGCUGGAGAACGACCUUUUAUGUGCAAUGUGUGUGGGAAAAUGUUCAGUCAUCACCAUUACCUACUCACUCAUCUCAGAAUACACAGUGGAGAACGACCUUUCGUGUGCAAAGUGUGUAAGAAAAAUUUCCGUCAUCACGCGAACCUGAUUGCUCAUCUGAGAGUACACAGUGGUGAACGACCUUUUCAUUGCGAAUUGUGUAAGAAAAGGUUCACUCGCCGCUCUACCCUAAAGAUGCAUCUCAAAUCACACACUGGAGAAAAACCUUUUGUGUGCGAAGUGUGUAAGAGAAGGUUCGCUCGGCGUGAUUACCUACAUAUGCAUCUCACAGUCCACACUGGUGAACGACGGUUUUCAUGCAAAGUGUGUAAGAAAAGGUUCACUCAGAGCUCACACCUAUGCAGGCAUCUCACUAUUCACACUGGAGAAAGGCCUUUUUCGUGUGAAGUGUGUAAGAAAAGGUUCACUCGGCACUCUCACCUACAAAAACAUCUCACUGUACACACUGGAGAGCGACGUUUGUAAUGCGAAGUGUGUAAGGAAAGGUUCACUCAGCGUUCUCGCCUAUACCCACAUCUGAGACUACACAAAGCAGAACGAUCUUUUUUAAACUAUGUUUUUUAAACAGAAAUAUAACCCUGCAUCACAGAAGACAUAUGAAAAUGUCAUAUUCUCAUAAUGUGUCCAAGAAAGCAUUCAAUUAUUCGGCAGUCAGAGUCAAUAGAUGUAGCCUGAAGUUUAAAGUUUUAUAAUCAUACACAGGAGGUCCAAAAAAAAAAUGUACUCACUCCUUGAUAGUCAAUAUCUUUGGAACAAAAUGACAUGUAGUUACAAUUCUU